UUUUUUUGUUUUUGUUUUUUACUAAAGCGCAGUGCCCCACGGGACAAUUUGGACCAAACUGUAUUAAUGAGUGUCUUUGCAAUCAGAAUUUGUGCACUGAAACGGGAGAGUGUCGACCUGACGUUAAUUGCAAGCCUGGUUUCUUUGGGUAUCUGUGUCAAUACAUUGAUCUAGGUUUCAAAGCUAAAACUUCUCAUCCAACACUCUUUGAUCAAAGCGACACCACUUGUCUGUUAAUGAACAACACCAUGACCUUCGUGGAACUGGACAAUUACUACUCAAUCGCUUUCCUCCGAUUCAUUUCCAAAACACCAGCUGUAAUUGAUCUAAUCAUCAUUGAGUUCACUUCAACCGUCAGCUGCAGUCAGUACCGGGUGUUCAUCCGAUACCCGAGCGAGUGGGACAUCUUCUGCAAAGUGGACAACGCGGUAAACAAGCUUACCAUAUGGUGGCUCACCGCCGCCAGGAUCUGUAGCAUCUACAUCAGCGGAGCUCGCAAGGUGAUGUCGGUCAACUUCCAGGUGCCAUACGUCACCGUCUCUUACAGAACCGCUUCGACCAGCCGCACGAACUCAACCGCCGACUCCACGUCGUCAGGGUCCCCUGGCACCGAAACGAUCUCGCCAAGGGAAGUCGAAAUCAAGACCCUGGUGACGUCAUCGCCGCUUCCCGGAUCCUCCUCGGGCGCAAAAAAAACCUCCCGACUUGAAGAAAGCACGGGAGGGCAGAUCCUGGGGGUUACGGAGGAGAAUUCAACAUUUGGAAAUACAACCCGGAACAACACAAUGGAAAUAUCGUCAAUGAAAAAUGUCGCUAAAAGAGAUCUGUUCUCUAUGUGUAAACUUUUAAGCAAUGAUAAAAAUGAAAAACUGAGUGUGACUCUGAAUGUGGAGUACGUAAUGUACCGUCUUUUAAUCACUGUAUUAAGUUUAGAUAAUGGUACUCAUGCCAUCCUUUUCCAAUUCAUCGAUGUAAAUAGCUAUCAGCAGUACAACAAAACAGUAGCACUCAACUUGACCCAGUUUCAGUCCCACACCAUCGAUAUUGCAUUGGUCGGUUUAUGGGCUAAAACAAUUCUCAUAUCUGAAGUCGGCAACCCCGCCUCCUCCUUUAUGUCCAUCUGUAGCCUCAACAUUUACGGAGGCGUGCAGACUGCAGAGAGGGAAGCUAUGGUCUGCAGUGUGACAAGAGAUGUGACAGCGCCUGUUUCUAUGACUCAUGCGACAUAUCGAAUGGCUACUGUAUCUUAUGCAGUGAAGAACAGGUGGAGUGCGACAAUCCUAGCCCAGAUCUCUCAUUUACGUGUGGCAAGCAUAAGUACGGACCUCAGUGCAAUAAACCUUGCAAGUCCUGUUUCGGGGGAGCGUGUGACAGAAAGACUGGGGCAUGUAUCAAGGAUUGCGGCCCACCAGAGGUUUGCUUUUUGCGUGUUGACCAGUGUCCUCUGUUUAAAUAUGGUGAAAACUGCAGUCAGAUGUGUUCGUUUUGUCGCAUGGGAUUAUGUAACAGAACUACUGGAGUGUGUCUGAAAGGCUGCAGUCAGAACCGUUUCGGAGACUUCUGUAACUAU